AAAAAGAAACUCAAGAAGGAAGAGAGGGUUGUGUUACUGGAAAAGCUUUCAAAAUCAUCCUUUUGGUCCGAGGAUAUGAAGUCAAGCAAGCAUUUAGGACAGGGGACAGCCGCAAAGAUAUUGCCGGAAAAAAUAACUCCUGAGGAUGCAAACGAUUCAAAGCCAAAGAAAAUGGCUUUUUAUGUUCCUGUAUCAAGAGAUCCCGAAAUACAAAAGGCAAGAAUGGAAUUGCCAAUAUGUCGAGAAGAGCAGCUAAUAAUGGAGACAAUAAAUGAAAACCCAACUGUUAUAAUAUGUGGUGAAACUGGAUCUGGGAAAACUACUCAAGUGCCACAGUUUUUAUAUGAAGCUGGAUACGGCAAUCCUAGCAGUGAUAAUCCGGGGAUAAUUGGAAUUACUCAGCCGCGACGAGUUGCUGCCGUCAGUAUGUCAAAGCGUGUUGCUUAUGAAUUAGGAUUAUCUGAUGAAGAAGUGUCAUACCAAAUUCGCUAUGAUACUACUACAUCCCCCAAGACUGUAAUCAAAUUCAUGACUGAUGGCGUUCUCCUACGUGAACUAUCCAGCGAUUUUCUUUUGUCUAAAUAUUCUGUAAUAAUAAUAGACGAGGCUCAUGAGAGAAAUUUAAAUACGGACAUAUUAAUUGGUGUAGUAAGUCGCGUCUUACGACUACGCGAUGAACUAAGUCAAGAGCAGAAAGGAGAGAUAAAGCCUCUGAAGAUAAUUAUUAUGUCGGCUACGUUAAGAGUAUCUGAUUUCACAGAAAAUAGUACCUUAUUCAAAAUACCACCUCCGGUGCUGAAAAUUGAAGCUAGACAGUAUGAGGUCAACAUUCACUUCAGUAGAAGAACAGCUCAAUAUGAUUAUGUUACCAAAGCAUACAAGAAAGUAUGCCAAAUACAUAAAAAAUUACCCGCUGGUGGAAUUCUUGUGUUUCAAACUGGGCAAAAUGAAAUAUCCACAUUAUGUAAAAAGCUACGGAAACGAUUUCCGCUUACACUACCAACAAAGAGCAGACAUUCGGACGAACUGAGGCAAGAGGAAGAAACGUCAUUAAGCGAAACCUUGGAAGGAAUUAGGGAAAAGUUGACUGCAAAGAACGCUGACGUUGAAGUGGAAGAAGUGUCUAUCGGGGAUGUUGACAUAACAGAAUCGGACGAUCAAGACAUUGAAGACGAAUUUGAUACCUUUGAUUCGGAUUUCGAUGAAUUCAGUGAAGACGAAGAUGAUGAAGAUUCCCCUCUCUAUGUCCUUCCAUUAUAUUCUCUUCUUUCAACAGAAAUUCAAUUACGUGUCUUCCAACCACCACCGCAAGGAACGCGUCUUUGUGUAGUGGCGACAAAUGUAGCUGAAACAUCUCUCACAAUUCCUGGAAUAAAAUACGUGGUGGAUUGUGGGAAAGUCAAAGAGCGUCAAUACGACGCUAACACGGGUGUGCAGUCAUAUACGAUAAACUGGACGUCCAAAGCAUCUGCAGACCAGAGAGCAGGAAGAGCAGGGCGUACUGGUCCUGGUCAUUGUUAUCGGUUAUACUCAUCGGCCGUAUUUAACGAUCAGUUUCCACAAUUCACCCUACCUGAAAUACUUAGAAUGCCCAUUGAAGGCGUGGUACUACAGAUGAAAUCUAUGAAUAUCGAUGUUGUUGCCAACUUCCCAUUUCCUACUCCUCCAGACAGAGUUCAGCUAGGAAGGGCAGAGAAAUUGCUGCAGUAUUUAAACGCUUUGGAUGAGAAUGGAAGGAUAACAGAUUUAGGCAAAUUGAUGGCCCAGUUUCCAGUACUACCCAGAUUUUCGAAAAUGCUGAUUAUCGGACAGCAACAUGGGUGUCUUCCAUAUAUUAUUACGAUAGUAGCAGCAUUGUCUGUCGGAGAUCCAUUCAUAAGAGAAGACAAUUUGGACAGUUCUAAGGAUCUAGAAGAAAAUGAUAAAGAAAUGGACGAGGAUAAUGACAAAAUGCGCGAGAUGCAAACUGACGAACAGGAACUCGCCGGUAUUGAUAAUUUAGAUAUUGCUGAGAAGGAACACCGUCGACUAAGAAGAAAGAAGUUUUAUGAAGCUCAUAUGAAACAUGCUGGACGUGAUCCGUCAAGUGAUUUCUUGAAGCUGUUAAACGUGGUCGGUGCCUAUGAAUAUGCUGGAGCAACGGAUAAGUUUUGUGAAGAAAACUUUGUUAGAGCAAAGGCAAUGCAUGAAAUACAUAAACUUCGUGGUCAAAUAACAAACAUAGUGCAAGUAAACUGCCCAGGAGCAAACGUAUACGUAGAUCCAAAGAUGCCACCUCCGUCAUCACUACAGCUGAAAGUUAUUCGUCAGAUAAUAACAGCAGGAUUCAUUGACCAAGUAGCAAUCAGAAAGGGACUACUGGAUAAAGCUGCUAAUACAUAUUCAUCUACACGUGGAAUAGCCUAUAGGAUUAUGUUGACAGACGAAGAUGUAUAUAUUCAUCCAUCAUCUGUGCUCUAUCAUCAACAACCACCUGAUUUUGUAGUUUAUCAGGAACUACAGAGAACAAGUAAAGUAUGGAUGAAAGGUUUAAUGAAGAUAGAACCGAGCUGGUUGUCAAAAAUAGGAAAGAAUUUAUAUGUUAAGAGCUACUACAGUAUGUUUCUGAAGUGA